AUGGACGGAGCCUUCCCCUCCCAGCGUGGGCAGGCCUUCGCCGAUGGAGGCCAGGACGCUGCUGCUGCCGCACGCCGUGGCUUCAGGGGCACAGCCGAAAACGCCAAGACUAAGCUCUGCCAAAGGUGGGCCAACGGUGACUGCCGCUUCGGCGAUCGGUGCAACUUUGCUCAUGGAGAGCACGAGCUGAGGACCCUGCCGCCGCGUGGGGACAUGGGCUACGGCCCCGGGGGCCCCGGCCGUGGUGGUGGCCCUGGCUAUGGGCCACCCCGCGGCGGGUACGGCGGCGGCUACGGCGGUCGCGGCAUGGGCAUGGGCGGCCGGGGAGGGGGCUGGGACGACGGCUACGGCGGCGGCGGUGGCUACGGCGAGCCGGGCUACGGCGGCGGCGGCUACCCCCAGGGCGGCGGCGGCUACGGCGGCCCCCCCGGCGGCGGGUACGGCGGGCCCCCCCAGCAGCAGAUGCAGGGUGGCGGCCCCGGCUACGCCGGCCCCCGCGACGCGGGGCGCCCCUACGGCGGCGGCCCGCCCGCUGGCGAGGACACGUACGCGCGCUCGGGCUUCCCCGUGCAGGGCCCCAACGGCUGGGUGGCGUAUAAGACGCAGGACACUGGAGAGACCUACUACCACAACCAUAACAGCAACGUCACCCAGUGGGACCGCCCCGUGGACUGGCCCAGCGCGCCCGCCUAG